UUUUCUUUUUUUUUGAGAUGAAGUUUCGCUCUUGUUGCCCAGGGGUUUGAGACCAUGCUGAGCAACAUGGAAAAACCUUAUCUCUAUCAAAAAAUCAAAACAAUUAGCUGAGUGUGGUGGUGCACACCUGUAGUCCCAGCUACUCUGGCCGGGGAGGGACUGAGGCAGAAGGAUUGCUUGAUCCCUAAAGAUGGAGGCUACAGUGAGCCUGGGCAACAAAGCAAGACACCCUAAAAAAAACAAACAAGCAUCUGUCUGCAAGCUUAGUCUCCCACGGGAGACAUAAACAGGCUAAACAGUGCAGUCUGGUCAGUGCUAUUUAUAAUCUAGGAACCUUACAUAUUAUAUCCCCACUCUAACCUUGUCUCUGUUAAUGUUCUGUAGACUCCCCGUCCCCAGGAUGUCAACCUCAGCCCCUCAAGGCCAUACCUGGACCCAACGGGUGAAGAAGGAGGAUGAGGAGGAGGACCCACUGGACCAGCUGAUCUCCCGCUCUGGCUGUGCUGCCUCCCACUUUGCAGUGCAGGAGUGCAUGGCCCAGCACCAGGACUGGCGGCAAUGCCAGCCACAGGUGCAGGCGUUCAAGGAUUGCAUGAGUGAACAGCAGUCGAGGCGGCGAGAGGAGCUGCAGAGGAGGAAAGAACAAGCCAGUGCCCACCACUGAGACCUCAAACCACCUAUCACCAGUAGAUGGCCCUGCCAAGAUCAGCACCCAGCAAGAUUAUAGAGGAAGAAAUCCUAAAUGCUGGGUGUGGGAGGUAUAAAACCUGGGGAUAGUUUUUGGAUCUGGAGUUAAGAGCCACGGGCUUGGACGUGACUGGCACAAACAGCUGUCAUAUGUUCAUGGUCAGAUCUCACACAUCCUCAGCUGUCUUGUUCCACCAGUAUUUGACAGGAAAACAAAGAAUGUGGUAAGGGAUGCUCCCCGACCCCACAUCUUGGGUCAGUGUGCCAAGUACUGAGAUGAUUUUAGGGACAUUUUAUUUUAAAUUAAAUUCACAAUCUAAUGGUAAAUUGGUUACCUGAUUAGUGCCUUUCUCUUUCAUCACUUGUUCUGGAUGUUUCAAUCAGUUUAGUGGAAGGAAGAAAGCAAAUGGGGAAACUUUUUAUUCAAA